AUGGCGCCUCGCUCGUUCAAGGCGCUGGUAAUCGCUGUCAGCGGAACAUUUCCAGGGUACAAGCAAGCUGAUCUGAAGGCGUUGAUCACCGACCAAGGAGCCUCAUUCAGUACCUCGGUAUCUGCCGAGUGUACCCACCUGGUCACAAACGAGAAAGACGUCGAGAAGAACAGCAACAAAUAUCAAGCCGCUUGCAACUCUGACAAAUGUCACAUCGUGUCCCUCGACUGGUUGCUCGAAUCAGUCAAUAGCAAAAAGCCACUGACCGAGAAGAAAUAUGCCCUGGGCCAGAAAGCCAGUUCUAAGCCCGCCCUAGAUGACACCAAGAAGAAUGGCAAGGCGAAGAAUGGGGACAGUGCAAAGGCCGCUGCGGGGAAGACCAAGGCCGUGAAAAAGGAGCCGGAAGAAGUGAACGGUGAUGCAAUCAAGACCACCGGCAAGAAGCGUGCUAUCAAGCAAGAGGACGAUGAGGUUGACGACUCGAGCAAAAAACAGAAAGACUCGCAAAAGGUCGGAUUCAAGUCUCUCAAUGUUCCAGUCGAGUUGGGGGCAAUCAAUGCUUUGCCCUAUAAGGGAAUCGGUUCCAACACAACUGUCCUGAUCGAUGAUUCCGGCGUUAUCUGGGACGCGACACUGAACCAAACCAACUCCACCAACAAUAACAACAAGUUCUAUCGAAUCCAGGUGAUCCUUACAGACACAGGCAAGAGCAUUGCACACUACACUUGGAGUCGAUGGGGUCGCGUUGGCGAGAACGGCCAGUCAUCCCUGAUAAUUAGUCCCACUCUGAAGGACGCCUUGAGCCUGUUUGAGAAAAAGUUCAAAGACAAGUCCGGCCUCAAGUGGGAAGACAGACUCGAUACUCCCAAAGACGGAAAAUACACCUUCAUUGAGAAGAACUACGAAGAAGAAGACGACGAGCCCAAGGCGAAGAAUGGAAAAGCCAAGAAGGAGCCCAGCAAAGACUCUCCUCCACCCGUGGAAAGCAAACUGGCCCAGCCCCUGCAAAACUUGAUGUCCUUCAUCUUCAACCAGGACCAUAUCACAAACGCUUUGCGGGCAAUGGAUUACGACGCUGAAAAGCUCCCGCUGGGCAAGCUGAGCGAACGGACUCUCAAGAGCGGCUUUUCGAUUCUCAAGGAACUCUCAGAGCUGAUGCUUGAUCCAACCGAUAUUUCACGACAAUCCCUCAUGUCUUCGGCCGCAAUCGCCCCCCCUAUUCUGUCCACCGGUCCCCAGAUCAAGAAGGAGGUUGAGUUGAUUGAGGCGUUGACAGACAUGGAUGUCGCGAACGAGAUCAUGAACGAGGCUAUGGAGAUGGACGAUGUCAAUCAACUCGAUCAACAGUUUAAGGGACUGGGAUUGAAAGAGAUGACCCAACUGGACCACAAAUCCGAAGAAUUCACCGAGCUUUCGAAUUACUUGAAGAACUCGUCCGGCGCGACACACUACAUCAACUAUGAGGUCAUCGACAUCUUCCGAAUCGAACGAGAUGGCGAAGAAGACCGCUUCACAUCCUCCGAAUACGCCAAACUCAAGUCCCAAAACCGGCGCCUCCUAUGGCACGGCAGCCGCUCCACAAACUUUGGUGGUAUCCUCAGCCAAGGCCUGCGCAUCGCACCCCCCGAAGCCCCCGUCAACGGCUACAUGUUCGGAAAGGGCGUCUACCUCGCCGAUACCUCGACCAAGUCAGCCAACUACUGCUGCUCAUACAAUAGUGCGGGAAUGGGACUCCUCUUGCUCUGCGACGCGGAACUCGGCGAACCCAUGCAUGAGCUUUACCACUCCGACUACCAGGCUGGCGAAAGGGCAAAGGAAGUCGGCAAGAUCGCCACCCUUGGUCAGGGACGGACCAUUCCUGGUGGCUGGAAGGAUGCUGGCUCCUUCAACAAGGAACUGGGUGGUGUCCAAAUUCCGGAUGUUUCCUGUGCCCUCGGCAACGAUGUCAAGGCCAGUCUUCAGUACAAUGAGUACAUUGUUUAUGAUGUUGCUCAGAUUCGGCAGAGAUAUCUUUUCUACGUGAAGAUGUGA